CGCCCCCUCCGAGGGAGGGCCGGGCGCGUUGGUCACGUGGGCGGGUGGAAGAAGAAGCGGGAGAUGCGGCUGCCGGCAUGGAGGAGCAGAAGAGCGCCAAGAUUGCCUCGUGGUUGAAGAAGGUAUUUGGUGAUCAGCCCAUUCCACAGUAUGAGGUGAAUCCACGGACCACGGAAAUCUUGUGCUACCUAGCAGAAUGCAACCAAGCCCGAGACAGGGACGUCUCCUUGGUAAUUGAAGAUUUGAAGCAGAAAGCAGCUGAAUAUGAGUCCCAAGGCGUUUAUCUCCAAGAUCUUCUCAUGGAAAGUAUCAGUCUUUCCUUCACCACUCUCUCCAGUAUGGGGAGUAACUAUCUGAAGGCUUUGGUUGACAGUGCAGUAGUCCUGGAAACUAAGGACACUUCACUAGCAAGUUUCAUCCCCGCAGUGAAUGACUUGACUUCAGAUCUUCUUCAGACUGAAUCGAAAAAUGAGGAAAUGGAAACCGAAUUGACCCAUCUUAGAAAAAAGCUAACUGCAACUCUAGUACUGGAAAAGCGUCUGCAAGAGGACCUCAGAAAAACAGAGCAGCACUUAUCCGUGGAGAGAACCAAAGCUCACAGUCACAUGCGGAACAUGGAAUUUCUUAAAGCCAAAUCUGAAGAUUUUAGGUGCAGAAUCAAGGUUGCAGAGGAGCAACUCUCAGCUAGAGGGAUGGAUGCCUCGUUGUCUCAUCAGGCAAUAGUGGCCCUUUCAGAGAAACUAUCAGAACUGAAAAAACAGACUGUGCCGGUGAAGAAGAAAUUGGAAUCGUAUUUAGACUUAAUGCCGAACCCAUCUCUUGCUCGAGUAAAAAUUGAAGAAGCAAAGCGAGAACUGAACUCCAUUGACGCUGAACUGACAAUGAAAGUCGACAUGACCGAACUUUUACAAGAGCAAAAUAAACGACGUUUCAACUAAGUAAAUUCGGAAAGGACUAGUAUAAUUUUGAAUGACAUUCCCCUCGGCUUUCCUCAGUCACCCGUCACCGUGUUCAUAGAUACGAUUUUGUCUCCACUAUUUAUAGAAAUAUAUCUCACUAGAAAGAUCCUAUUUUUCUGUUCCCAAGCACGUGUUAAAUAAUAAAAUGGGAAAUGGUGCUUUGUCAAA